AUGUGGAUCUCUAUGUGGUGCCUGAAAAGUUUCAGCCGGUUGUUCGGGCAUACAUCAAAGGUGAUGCGUGCUGUGUAUGUUGCGAAUGACAUUGAUGCUACAUUCACUGAACUUUUGGAGCUCGUGGCGCAUUUGAACAGAGCAGCUGAGUCUCAAACCAAUUGGAUUUGCCCGGCGAUGAUCAACUCAAGCAACGAAUUGAUUUCCGUGUACCAAGUAAGACUGAAGCAGCGGUCCGAGGAGGAAUACGAUGGGCUGGGAUCAAGCUCUUUGGAACGCGUGGCCAACACUAUCAACCGGGCCUUUAAGAUCUGUCUCACAGAUAAAAACCAGGAUAUGGCGUCGUCCAAGAAAGCUUGCAUCCAUUUCUUUUUGGCGUCGUUGAUCAAAAUCUACUUCAAGCUCAACCGCUUGGAAUUGGCCAAAUCGAUGGAAAAGGCUUUGAUUGGCACUGGUCUGGCCAUCCCCACUAUAGUCAACAGCCCUGUUCAGUACCGAAAGCACGUCAUCACCUAUCUAUACUACAGCGCGCUUCUCUCGCUUGAUAAUUCAGAAUAUGCGCUAGCAGAGGCCAAGCUUCUAACGGCUAUGGAAUUUCUUUCGUGCUACGAUCGGCCUGAAAAAGUCUCGGCCCAGGCUGAAAAAUUGUUAAUGUUGUUGCUCCCGUUGAAAAUGCACAACCACCGCACAACGUUACCCGAUGAAGUUUGGGACAAGUUCCCUCGCUUGAAGUUCGUGUACAAAGAGAACUUGUUCGACGCUGUCAGAUCAGGCAAUCUUCAAAAGUACGAGACGUCGUUGUCUCGUUUCCAGACGCUCUUCUUGAAACGCCAUAUCUAUCUUUUAGUUGUACAGAUGAAGGCCUUGUGCUUGUGCAAUCUCUUUAGACGCGCGUGUUCCAUUUACGCUAGCGUGGCUCCGAAAACUCCACAUAUCGUACCAUUUAGCGCCCUACAGGUCGCGGUGGAGUUUUCCAAUCGCGGUGACGAAAAAUCGGGGCAUGAAUCUGCGGACAAGGAUCUUCUGGUUACUCUGGAGGAGGUGGAGUGCGUUCUAGCCAACUUGAUCGCUGGAAAACUAAUCAAAGGCUAUCUUUCGCAUGGAAACCAUUGCAUAGUUCUUCUGAAAACCGAACCGUUUCCGAAGCCAGAUUCAGUCCUGAAGUAG